CAUGUGGCGUCCUGCGUGGCUUGUUUUUUUCCAUACUUAGGUAUGAUGUGUCGUCCUACUUGGCUUUUACUCUUUUAAUAUGUCCUCCUAGGUGUCCUCCCUUUUAGUAAUCCUACUUGGCUUUUAGUAAAGGGUCAUGCUACACUUACACCACAUAUUAUACCCCAUUUGUACACCGCAGUAAUCUGGAAUAAUGAUUCAGUUCCUUAUUUUAAAAAUUGUUUAGAGGUGCAAAAAUGAGAAUAACACUUCGGGGCCGAACUGUUGAUGAUUAUACUACCCAAAAAGCUACACUUCUGGGAUCUGUUAUUGUUGGGGUGUUCACAUCAAAUCUGACCACUACAUUGUCUUCAACAACUGCUACUAGGGUGUUCUUAGACGUCGCCAUUGAUGAAGUUGCUGCACUAAAAAAUAAGUAUAGGUAUCGACUUGAAGCUUUGGUUAAGGAUAAAACCGAGGUUACAAAAUUUAUUAUCUUUGAUGACGAAGCUGAAAAGCUAAUAGGCCAAUCUGCUAUUAGCCUGUAUGAUAUGGAAGAUAAACUUGAGGAUGAAGAUUCACAAGGCCAGUUACCUGGAUUGAUUGGAAAUCUGAUUGGACAGACGUUUGUGUUUCAUGUCAGACUCACUGAAUACAACAGAACAGCAUAUACGCAGAGUUUCGGAGCAUCUAAAGCCAAUGUUGCUACUGCACUUGUGCUGGCUUUGUUGUUCCUUCGAAGGUCACGCUUCUUCAACAACUACAACGUCCGAACAAUAGGACUUGCAAGAUCAACUUCCAGCGCUAAAGCCACUAGGAAAAGCAGCCAGACACUCGAAGUUCUCAAAACCCUUUAUGCGAAUCCAGAUGAUUCACAAACUACAGAGAGCUGGAGCCGAGGUUCUGUUUUCAAUUGCUACAUUGACGAUACACCUUCAGAUCAGUAAUGUGUGUUUCCUUUUCAAUUACUAAUUCCUACAUGUUCACACGCACAGAGACGACUUUGUCCAUCCGUGUUUUUCAUUUCAUAGCCACCCCUUCAUUGUCUUUAAGUAUUAAAAAAAUACACUUUAGACUUGAUG